AUGCCGCACCUCGCCAGCCUCCCCCGCCACAUCCAGUCUCGCAUCGCCUACCAUACCGUCCUUGACGCUCCCAACGCCCACCCCGCUGCCCUCCUCCCCCUCCUCCUCGCAUGCCGUACCCUCAACCACAAUCUCACGUUUGCCCACAAUCCACAGCUCUACCAUGAACUGUACCUCGCCACCUUCGAUUCUACGGCAGUCACUCGUCGGUAUCAGUGGAUGCUCACCCACAUCUUUACCCGAGGCGUAAAGGGAUACAAUUUGUUCUCCGACCCGCGGCCUUGGGCGAUCGACUAUCGCACGCGAUGGGAGUUGUGUGGGAGAUGGCGUGAAGUCGCCAAGCUGGGAACGAUCGACAUUCCAGGCCUCUGUGAUUAUGCCAGGUUCGCGGAGGAUCUGUGGGAUGUUUUCUUUUUGUUGAGCGAGAAUGGCAAGUUGAAACCACACUCUGAACAAUCUCUCGCAGCUGACCCCUCAAAGACGAAAAGAACUUGGUUUUCGUAA